GUACAUAAUUGUCAUUGUGUAUUUUAUUGUGAUGUUCAAAUAUCAGAAACGAAGCAAAUCAGCACCAAAAUGAUUAAAAAUUUUACUGAAUCUGUUGCGAAUGGCGUUCUUUUGCAGCUAAAGACAACCGAGCAAGACUCAAAUCUUGCCGCUAAUAAUGAAACCUCUAAUCCAGUUACAUCUGGGAUAGCGGUGUCGGCGACCCCAUUAUACAGCGACGAACAAGUCCAGCUGGUGCAAUUAGCUUGCAAUAUACUGUUCUUCGGCCUGCUUGUAUUUUCCACAAUCGGCAAUGUAUUUAAUUUCUGCGUCUUGACGUGUACACGCUACAAAGCGCGUUCUUCAGUGCGGUACUACAUGCUGGCCACCAGCGUUGCGGAUCUCCUGACUCUAUGGCUCGGUGUUCCUCGAAGCAUAUUUAACAUAAGCCUCUUAAUGAAAACAGGAUUGGCGGCAUGGAUAACACGACAUCAGGAUCCCAUCGAAGCUACAUACUGCUUGCUUGAAGGAGGCCAGUUGACCUUUAUGAGCUUGUCUGACUGGAUACUUGUGGCAUUUUCCUUCGAACGAUUGCUGAUUCUUGUUAGCCCUUUCCGGUUCGGAUUCCUUCAACGGCCUACUGCAGCACGGAUUAUUAUUGCCGUUCUAACUGUCGUGUCUCUGGUGUUUAGUCUGUUUCAGUAUAUGAAAGGCUACGUGGCGUUUACUGCAGCGACAGUUCCUGAAUGGCUCGUUAGCUGGUCCAACAUUCAACGCGUAGCAGACAUGAUUGGAGUCCCGCUAACCUUCUUUCUAAUCCUCCUUCCAAGCGUUGCCCUAAUCAUUUUCCUUACAAAACAGCGUAAGUCCGACGUCUGUCAGCUACGAAUGCAGAACUCAAAUACCAGCAGUACAUUGGCUGCGACCCACCGGAAGCUUGCAGCGGCCAGCUCGGGAAACAGUAAAUUGAAUGCUCGCUCGCAAAUGGGAACCAAUCUACUCUUACUCGGCAGCGCAGCCUUCUAUACCGUCACUCGGCUUCCUUUUGUAAUCUAUCUGUUUCUGGACCCGGCAGUAUACACAGACUUGUCACCUUUCAUGCUCGCCAAACCCCUCAUGAACUUAACCAUUCUCUUGGGAUAUACGUUCAACUUCUUCGUUUAUAUCGCGAGUGACGUCCAGUUUCGAGAGCAUUUCGUCAAACUAAUUUUGCAGCCAAUAGCAGCUCACUGCAAUCGCUUCCGCCGACAGUCGACUGCAAAUUUCAGUUUUUGGUCUUCCGGAAAUCAGCAUCGGCAAAAACCGUUUUCCACACCGACAUCAAGCAAAGCUCUACUGACAGCCACUUCUUCGGUUUGACCAUUUCAGUUUCUUCCUUCAUAAUCAUAUGACACUUUGUACAUAGUUUCUUCACCCACUAGUUUGAUAUUUAAUUUUUUUGCGUACCGAAAAUCAUGCCAGUGACCAUGCAUGGUUUGCAAACACAUGUUGUACCCUGCGUCUGCCGUGUGACAUUUUGAGAUGGCAUAUUAGUAGUCAGUACUAGCUACUGGUAGGUGCAACGCGUAUCGGCGACGGUGGGGCAUUUUUAUUCUGCUGCAAAUCUGCUGUCUUUGUGGUGCAAAAAUUUUGCGACUUCUCAU